UUUCGUUCGUUGACCAGAAACCACCAUCCCAUCAUUUGACAAAACGAUGACUAUCACCCUUUCAUUCAACAUGCCAUACAUAAGCCAAAUGCCAAUACUUGAAGCUUAUAUGCUUAGGUGCUGGCAGACCAUCAUUCAGCCUUUCUCUGCCACUACUACUACUCAAUCCCAUAAUACCUCCCAUUUCAUCUAACCUUGCGAGCUGUAGAUUGUCAGGCCAACCUCCCUCUAACCCAUUAUGCUCAUCCCACUAUACCUAGCAGGGCUACUUUUACUAUAUAUACCAUUCCUUGCCCGAACGCAGGCAUCACCCUCCACCCAAAUCCCUUCAAGAUGGGGCCAUGCCUCUAGCUAUCUUCCCUCUCCGCCUACGUUGGUCAUCCAUGGUGGGAAGACAGAUCCCGAUUCUGCCUAUUCGUACUCUUCUGCACCUAAUGUCGGAUCCACCCUCUUCCUACCCCUUAAUGCGACAUUUAUUGCCCAAUCUGCUCCGGUCACUGAGAUCAAAUCGCCUUCGGGUCCAGCCCUAGCCUGGCAUACGCUAUCCCAGUUUGCCUAUUCCAACGGAACCUGGCAGAUCCUGUCCUUUGGUGGUGAUAGCGGCACAAGCCAGCCCAGUCAAACUUCAAACAAUUCUGUAUGGCUUGAUAACUUCGACUUGCAAAAUUAUUCUAGCCUGCAAUAUGUAAACCAGCCCGAGAGCUGGGGUUCGCAGCCUUCCAAUAGGAUUUAUCACUCGGCAGUGACUGGCAUAGACGACAAGGUUUAUAUAACAGGCGGACUCAAGGACGAUGGGUCCAAUACAGCUUUUGCAGAUGUUUAUUUGUUCGACUCAAGCCAUAGCUAUUUCACUCCGCUCCCGAGUCUUCCAGAUUGCCACUAUCAUCAUGAGUCAAUUCUCCUGGGCAAUGGUUCAAUCUUAGUGUUGGGUGGUGCAUUUACCUCACAAAUCACAUCAAAUGUCGACGUUCACCCGUACACUAACUUUCGCCGUCUCGACUUGUCUUCCAACUCCGCCUCUGGCUGGGUUGAAGUUGCGGUAACAGGUGACGCACCGCAGGGGCGUCGCGGUGCUACCGCUACUGCCACUGGUGAUGGGGAUAAGGUUAUUUUGCUUGGAGGAGCCAGCUCUGACCUCCAAACAGUCUACGAUGAAAUCUGGACGUUGGAUCUCAACACAUUAACCUGGGAGAAGGAGAAGGUAGCAGAGGCUGGCACAGGUCCUGGUGCAAGGUUUGAUCAUUCCGCCAUCGCGGUAGACGAAAAUCAAAUCAUAGUCUUUGGUGGCUAUACGCAAACUGGCCCAGCGGAUGGGGGAAUCUACAUAUACAACACCGUCUCGAACUCUUGGGUCAGCAAUUUCACGGUGUCAGCCGGUUUCAAUUCUACUGCGAAAAAAAGCGACUCAGAAGUAGCCAGCAGUACCGUGGCCACAGGAUCUGCCAUGGCGAAGAUACCCUGCACAUUGUCAUCUUCGGGGACAAUGGUGGACCUUGUGUCCAGCUGCGUCCUGUCCGAGAACUCGGAUAGCAGCAGCCAAUCAAAUGCCCUUGCGGUUCCUUCAUCCACCAUUGCCAUCAACUCUGGCGACUCGGGUGCUUACAGUCACUCACUCACUGUACCUCUCGUCAUAGGAUUGACCAUUGGUUCGGUUGGCCUUGCAGGUGCCCUACUAGCAGUUUGUAUGUGGAGGGCGCGUCGUCGCCUCACUAGACGCAAGGCAUAUGGCGAUCCUUCUUACGCAAGCAGCCCCAGGAGUCGGACAUUCAAUCCAAUACGAAGACAUAGUCCAGUGGAGGAAGAAGGCCCAAAAUUGAUAGAUGAGAUGAUGGAUGAAAAAGGCACAAAUGUUCAUAAGGAGAUGGAAAACCCACGAACCGAAGCGGGCACUUUGUCCGCAGUGAUUGCUUUCCGUUUGGAGGUAGGAGCGGUUGGGAGAGGUUUUUCUAGUAUAUCUAGUAGGAUCAGGGGCUCCCGGUGGGAUUCGCGGCCAUAUUCAGAGUUAACCGAUUACUCGCCAAACGAUGCGCAAGCCAUGCCCCAUCCACCCGCUCCCGCCCGCCAGAUGGGAAUAGGUAUCCAUCUACUUGGCCCCCCCCUCAGGCGUGACAAAUCACUAUACUAUUCUCCCUCCAAUAGUACUGCACAUGUCACAAGUGUAGCACAAGAUAAUCGCAUUGGCAUAUUUUGCGACGAGGAUUCAACGAGAUCUGAACACCAUCGUCGAGACCCGGUGCAUUUCGAAGAACUUCCUGGCACGAAGGAAUGCGGUGUCUUGAGAAGCCAUGCUGGAAAAUGGUAUUCAGCAAACAGUAAUAAUGGUGCUGAAGAGAAGGAAGUCGGUGCUCCAUCACAACUCCCCUCUCAGACAGAGGCUGUGCCGAUGCCUCAAAUCUCAAUAACCAAAGCCAACAAAUAUGGCUCAUAUUGCUCGCCCUAUGAGUCUUUACAGUACCGACUCCCAAACUUCCGGCCUUCCGAACCCCUUGAAUUUCCAGGAGUCACCAAUGCCUUUCCCAUACCUGGAUAUGGUUCGUUAAGAUCGAAUCCCCAUUCUGCACACAUCCAUGAAUCCCUCACCUCUCGCCACUCUGAUGACAUGGACGAGAGCGGUCAGGACGUCCAUGUUGCUAUCGAAAAUCAGCCAUCUCCAACGAUUCAGAACCCUCUUCACCGCAAAGGCUCGAUCUUUAAGCGUAUGGCCGAAGCAAGUGCAUCCGUUCUCUUGGGCCGCCGGCCGAGUCAAGCCAGUGGGCGCUUAUCUAUGAAUCAGCUAGAAAUCCGUGAUCCUGCGCCACAACCAACUCUCUGGCCUGUUCUCUCUCAAGUUCAGCUUUGUUCAGUAGGGAUUGCAACCCCGUCCUUGGUUGCGCAUGAAAAUAGACAACAUCCGCCAGUAAGCUGGAGGGACAACGUUUCUCAAGGGCUUCUACCAAAUGACUCUUAUGGCCCUAGUAUUUCCAGCCUUAAAUCUUUCAGGUCGAUGAGGGACAUGAUCAUUGUCCAGAAAGAAGAAACACAAGACAACAUUGAGACGUUUAGGAUCAUUGAUGAGGACGAUUCUGGCGGGUCUCCCGAGCCGAAAGCAGCAGGUUUGACAACCCACCUACAGCGAAGGGAAUCCAAUGAGAACAUGUGCACGCCAAAAGAGGAUCAUGGGGAAAUAGAUGGCUUCACCUGUAAGCAAGAACCGUCGCGUGAAGGGUGGGAGGCGACGAUUUUGAUGGACAGCCUUGCUUUCGAGCCCAGAGUUUUGGAUUUGUCGUUGAAGGCGAUUGUAGAUCCAGGCGCUUUUACGGAUUCGUCCGCCAUUCUCAAAACAGCUGGGUUAUUGGACACUGAAUCAGUUGCAGAAACAGAAAGCGGGUUGUCAGACUCACUUUCCCAUGGUUCUGACAAGAAUUCAAGUCUGGAAGAAGCUGCCUCUGGCACACCCCAGACGGACCCGUCUAUCUUUUCCCAUUCACCGGGUGAAACGAAGCCUCCUCAUGAACAUGUAACACCGCUCAGCGCUGAAUCAUCAUUUGAUUUCUGCGCCACAUCUGCAGGUAAGGCGAGACGACGGCCUGUGCGAGAAGUCGUCAAUUCUAUCAACAAAAGAGGAGACAACACUCCUAUGGGGCUUCUCGCACCUAGGAGCUUUUAUUCCCCUGCACCUGGAAGCUCAUCUGGCGGCAUGAAAGUGCAUUCCGGGCCUAUCAGUAAGAGUACUAUGUCGUCUGAUGAUGCCGAUCCCUCAGGUAUUUGCAACCCGUUUGUCACCUCCGAAAGCGAGUAUGUUUCACAGAGCAUGCGUCCUACUAGCACUUCGCCUACGUUCAAGGGACCAAUUGCACCCCAUGAUACUGCUAUUAUCCCAAAGCAGAGAGAAACACCCGUAGGGCAGGUAAAAACAAAAACAAUGUGGGAAAUGGUCAAAAGAGAAGAAACGUUGAGAAUCGCGAAUCCAGAUGCGGCAAGCGUAUCGGAAUCGAAGAAACCACUUCCGGAUUUUCAUGGGUGAGAGCGGUAAAAUUAAUUGAAGAUGAAGGGGUGAUAACGAUAAGCCUGUCCUGGAUGAUUCACAAUGUGCUUACAGCUAGCCGCCGGAUUUAUAACAAGAAUGCAAAGUCGAUAUGUCCCUUCUUGUUGCGCAACGGUGAUGCACUUAUGUGCUUUCAUUUGCAAGGCGUUGGAAUCUCGGUAGCCUAGCCUAUGAUUAUGCGAAGAUAGUCCAAGGUGAGGAAAUGAUAUUGCGUGGACUAUAACGAAGCAGGUUGGGAAUGAAAAGCGGGGCGUGAGUCACGAACUGAUCCGGCAUGAAUAAG